AGAGGAGUAAAUUCUACUUUUUCAGAUCGCUCAGAAGACUAAAGAUGUUCAUUUAAAACUUGACCAAUUGGCAAAACUUUUAAGGGAAAGUUACCCUAGAUACAGUGGCCUGAUUGUGUGCAGGGAGAUUAAAAAUGGUGGACUUCUUUGUCCAUUGAAUAGAUUGAAGGAGUGUCCCUCUAAUGAACGUUUUGGAAACAGAUGUAAAUUUUCAAUAGGCACUGAUAAAGAGACUGGACAGCUUGCUGUGGGCUUCCCUGCUGGCUGUGGCUAUGUGAAGAAGAUCUCAUCAGUGAAACACAACUUUCCUCCUCAUGUGGUAGAGGCAGCGCAGGUGUUUGAGAAGGCGAUACAUGCAUUUGAGAAGACGCUGAAAGAUUCUGAGGGCAAAUACCAGUACCAGUUCUUGCACAGUCUGGUCAUACGUACGAAUCUGACACGUGAACUGAUGGUCUUGGUCUUUGUGCGUUGUUCACAAGACCUGGCUGCUGGCAGAAUCAAGCUUUUGAACAAGGAGUUGAAAGAAUUCUUCGAAAAUGGAGAAGGAAAGAAGUGCAGGGUUGUCUCCGUCUACACCAGAGUGACGACUAGUCUCAACUCAGAGCAGAAGCUGGUGAUGGGGUCUCCAUACCUAGAAGAAACUGUUGUUGGACUAAAGUUCCACCUGUUACCAACAAUGCACUUCUGGAAUAAUAGCCGUGCGGCAGAGAUGGUUUGCAAAGGUGUGGAAGAGCUGCUGGUCCCUACAAAGCGGAUUUGUGUUGUGGAAGUGGGAUAUGGUUUUGGCCUGGUUGGAUUGCAUUUAUCAAGGGUCGCUGGAGAAGUUUUGAGUGUGGUUUCACAACAGUCUGUUGAAGAGGCACAGAAGAAUGCAACUCGUAAUAAAAUCACAAACUGCCACUAUUUUAGUGGCAAUAUUGAAGCAGUGCUCCUCGAGGUUGCCAAGAAGAUUGGAUAUAAAAAGGCCUGUGUUGUCAUGAUAUGCAGUGCGAAUCCCAGGACUACUUCUACCAUCACAAUGAAAGCGAUAAGAAAGAUAGAGAAAGUACGACGACUGGUGAUAGUGACAGAGAUGUUUAAUUCACGCUUUAACCCCAUAGUUGCACUGUGUAAUCCUAGCAGUGAGAAGGGCAUGGGUAAUCCAUUCUUCCCUGUAAGAGCAGUUCCUGUUGACACAGUGCCUAAUGCAGAAGGCUAUGUUCUGAUGAUUCUGAUGGAGCGCAUGGGUCUUCCAAUUCCAAAGUCAUUGCGACCACCAAAAAGUGACCCUGCCAUCCACUGGACAGAGAAGGGUUCAGAUAGUCACAGCGCAGCUGAUGUUUCGAUGCCAUACAAGAAGGUAACCAAAGAGACAAGACUGGGCGAAAGAGAUGCUAGACUGACAAUUACCUCAAGACGGGAAGAGAGAGAAUUAUUACGGCACAGAGAGGAGAAAAAGUCAUUCAGAGCUUCUGGAAGACAUAGGUUUGCAGGCCGUGAGUACCCGGCAGAAGGAUACUUCAAGAGACCAUCUUCUGACGAUGAGUCUAAUGCUCUGGAAGAACAUGACUUCCGAGAGUCGAAGGCUGAAGAGCAGAGGAGGCGGACACAGGAGGAAGAAUGUAUGUUACAGAUUGAAGAGGAAAAGCAGAGGAGAUUGAUGGAAGAACAGCAAAGAUGGGUAGAAGAGAGAGAACUAAAGAGGCAGAUUGAGGAGAAAGAGUUAAAGAGGCAGAUGGGGGAGAGAGAAUUUAGGAGACAGAUGGAGGAGAAAGAAUUCAGGAGAAAAAUAGAUGAGAAAGAAUUUAAGAGACAGGUGGAGGAGAGGGAACUAAAGAGACAGAUUGAGGAGAAAGAAAUGAAGCGACAGAUAGAGGAACAGAGGGAAAGAGAGAUGUUGAGAAGAGCAAGUUUGAACCUCAAAAACAGAAAUGACAUGGUGCAGGAUCUGAUAGCAGACUCACUCAGAGAAGCCAAUAUACCACAGCUUUCUGAAGACACAGCCCAGAAACUAAAGCAGCUCAUAGCAGAGGCUGUCAGGAGUGUGGGAACACUUGACCAAGAUGCGAGACGUAGCAUUGUCAGUACCAGCACAGGAUUUGGUGGAAUGCAUCCUGAAAAUAUCACAAUCUCUCGGUUUGUGAGACCUGACAAGGACAUACCAGAAUCGAGAUGUUUUGAAGAGCGGUAUUCUCGUCACAUCACAGAAGUUGAUAAUCCAUUUGAACGUAGGUAUGAUGUGCAUGGAGGUGAAUUAGAGAGGUCAGAGAGAUAUGAGGAAAAGCUGAUGCCACAGUCAGGAUGUUUUGAAGAGGGAUACUCUCGGUCUGUCACGGAAGUUAACAGUCUGUAUCAGCAUGGGUACAAUGCAUAUGAAGGUGCAGUGGAGAGAGAGAGCUAUCAACACAACCUGAAGCCACAACAAAGUGUUUACAGUAUGAGAGAAGUACCAGUUGGUCACAUUGGUGUGGAUAGGGCAGGUUCUCAGCCUCCGAAAUUGAGGGAUCCUUCUGGUGGAUGCAGUGACAGUGCACCACGCUUGGAAAGUGGAGGAGACUCUUACAUGAGGAAUGUUUAUCAUUCAGAUGUCAGCCCCAGUCAGAGGCAGAGACAGAGCUUUGCUCAGUCAUUAGAUAGUUACACAAGGCAAAAUAUCUUUUCUAGUGACUAUGCAGGGAAUGAACGCCAGCCUUUACAGGACUUGAAGCCUUCAUUACUUCCUGCUGUGGAACACGACACAGAUAGUCAUGCAAGACUUUGUGCAAUGAAGUGGAGUUUGGCAAAUACUGCAACCAGUUAUGUUCCACUUUCCAACAGCAGGAAAUAUAUGGCAUGCAGUACCCCAAAACCGCCUGGUACUGAGGAUGUUAAUCAGCCAGAGGGAAGCAACUACAUGUAUGAAGACCCUGCCCCUCGGGUCACUAAUAGCUCCCGCUGGCAGGGUGAUAAUUCAUCAUCAUAUAUGACAUUAGAAACGAAAGAUUCAACUCAGGAUUACAGAAACAGGAUGCACGAUGGGCGGGGACAGGACAGGACACACCAGACUCGCUACUUUAUGUAGUCUGCAGACUGAGAAUUGUCCUACAAGCUACAAUGAAAAUCUGGCUACAAAAGUGUAAUUUAAAAAAGAAAGUUUCAUUCUGAAGCUCAGGCCUGUACCUCUCUCAGAUAAUGAGAAUAACAAAUUAUAAUCACAUGUAUAUGAAUACUGUCACAAUGCAAAAAGUAAAUGUUACACAUUGUACAAGUAUAUGGUCAUACUCCCCACCUAUCUUCUGUGCUCAUAACAAAUUUUUGUCUGAUAUAUAAGAUGAAUUUUUGAAGUGCUGUAUUUGGGAAUGGUGUGAAAGUAUGAAAUACAAAAAUGUUCAUUUGCAGUAUCAGUUUGAAAUGUGCCCUGUCAGACAUAUAGCUCUCAUGUAUGAAAUGUAUCACUUCGUGUGACCGUCCCAUUGAAGCAGGAAUGUUAUAGGACUGUAAUUUCUGUGCAGCAAAUCAAACCAGGACAUAAAUCAUGAGUUUACUUGUAAGUUUAAAAGAAUUAUUUUGAAGUUCAAGCAUUAAGUUAAUUAUGUAGUGUAUAAUUAAAUGUUGAGUACUGUACUUUUUGAUGCUCUGCUUUCCUUCCUCUAAUAUUGCUCACACCACAAGAUAAGUUUGAAAUGGCCAUUCCAAAUCAUUCCACAGUUCAGAAAUACUAUACUUUCAAAUUUGAUGAAAUGAUGCAUGUGUAUGAUAAACUAUUUCCCUGGCCAUGAUGACAUAACGGGACAUUCACGCUUUGAUUUUA